CUAUUAUAUUUCAAAUGUCAAUAAAUAAUAAUUUAUUUUAAUAGAGAACAGCUUUCAUUAUUAGGAAUGAAAAGGGAGCUUCAAUUUAUCAUAUUUGAUUCAUUUACUAUACUAUAGCCACUACAACGGUGACACCUCUCCCCGCAGAACAUAUCUAAAGUCAAUGUCAAAUGAUCCUGGAUCAGCUGUUUAUACGAGGCCCAACCUCUAAAAUCUACUCAGGCCGAGAAGACAGCAGUGAUUGGAAUCUACCGGAGCCGCUGAUGAAGAAACGCACCUUAGAGACGGCGGCGUCAUAUUAGUAUAAUCCUGUCCAGGCAGCAUGAAUUCGCUCACAAGGAGAGCGGCGUUGCAUCUCUUUCGACGCUCGACCACUGCGGUUGUAGCGGCCGGCGGGCUGCCCUUACAGGCGGCGAAGGUUUGCCAUGGCGGGGCGAGAUGCAAAGGCAGCGUUAGCACCAAGAAGCGCGGCUAUGACAUCACUAGGAACCCCCACCUCAAUAAGGGAAUGGCAUUCACCCUGGAAGAGCGCUUGCAGCUGGGCAUCCACGGCCUGCUUCCCCCUUGCUUUUUGUCCCAGGAUGUCCAAGUGCUUCGUGUCAUGAAGAGUUAUGAAACACGUGUCAAUCCUCUCGACAAGUACAUCCUGCUGAUGACGCUACAAGACAGGAACGAGAAGCUCUUUUACCGAGUGCUCACGUCGGAUAUCGAGGAAUUCAUGCCCAUCGUCUACACGCCAACUGUUGGCUUGGCCUGCCAGCAGUAUGGCCUGGCCUUCAGGAGGCCACGUGGACUUUUCAUCACCAUCCAUGAUAGAGGCCACAUUGCAACACUGCUCAACUCCUGGCCUGAAGAGAACAUAAAGGCUAUCGUAGUGACAGACGGUGAGCGUAUCCUCGGGCUAGGGGAUCUGGGCAGCUACGGCAUGGGUAUUCCUGUGGGGAAAUUGGCGUUGUACACCGCCUGUGGCGGAGUUCGGCCACAGCAGUGCCUCCCUGUGUUGCUGGACGUGGGAACCGAUAACCAGAACCUACUCAACGAUCCCCUGUACAUUGGCUUAAAGCAUAACAGAAUCCGCGGGAAGGAGUACGACGAGCUUAUCGACGAGUUCAUGCAGGCCGUGACGGACAAGUAUGGGAUGAACUGCCUGAUUCAAUUUGAGGAUUUUGCCAACAGCAACGCUUUCCGCAUUCUCAACAAAUACAGGAAUCGCUACUGUACCUUCAACGACGACAUUCAAGGCACGGCGUCUGUCGCGGUGGCUGGGUUGUUGGCAGCUUUGAAGAUCACCAAAGAUAAAUUGUCUGACCACAAGUUCGUUUUCCAGGGUGCCGGCGAGGCCGCUUUGGGCAUUGCUCACCUGCUUAUGAUGGCCAUGGCCAAGGAGGGCUUGUCUCGAAGUGAAGCCUCCAAAAGGAUCUGGAUGGUGGACUCCAAAGGUCUCAUUGUGAAGGGUCGAAGUCAUCUGAACCAUGAGAAAGAGGAGUUUGCGCAUGAGCAUCCCCACUUGAGGACCUUGGAGGAAGUGGUGCACACCAUCAAGCCUACUGCCAUAAUUGGAGUCGCAGCCAUUGCAGGCGCAUUCACCGAGAAGAUAAUUAAGGAUAUGGCGGCCAACAAUGAGCGGCCCAUCAUUUUUGCCCUUAGCAACCCCACCAGCAAGGCCGAGUGUACGGCAGAGCAGUGUUACAAUCUUACAGAGGGACGCGGAAUCUUUGCUAGCGGGAGUCCAUUCAACAAAGUGACUCUGGCCGAUGGGCGCUCGUUUUACCCCGGCCAGGGAAACAACGCCUACGUGUUCCCCGGGGUGGCAUUGGGUGUCAUCGCCUGCGGCGUUCGCCACAUAUCCGAUGACAUUUUCCUCACCACUGCAGAGGCCAUUGCUGACAUGGUGACUGAGGAGCAUUUGGCUGAGGGGCGACUCUACCCUCCUCUCAACACCAUCAGAGAGGUGUCCUUUAAGAUUGCUGUCAAGAUUGUCAACUAUGCAUACAAGAAUAACAUGGCGUCGCUAUAUCCGGAACCAAAAGACAAGGAAGCAUUUGUUCUCUCGCAUAUCUACAGCCCAGACUACGAUUCGUUCACACUGGACUCUUACACUUGGCCGCAGGAGGCCAUGAACGUGCAGGAUGUUUGAUCAUUGCCAGCCUGUUUGUGUCAUACUGCUGAUUUUGUAUUAUUAUUACUUUUUUUAAAUAGUUUAGAUCAGCGUUUCUUUGCAUUACGCACCACUACUGACAGUAUACCUAGGACAAAACAUAACCUUUAAUGUCACACUCCAUCCUCUCAUAACUACUUCAAUACAACAAGUCUUUGUGCCUCUUCCAGAGUCAUCAGUUUAAUCACCUAGCAGCUGUCCCUGCCAAAUUUGUGUCAUUUACUGUAAAUCGGGAGCAGAUUAAGGGCAUCGAUGUGACUUUUUAAUGUGUGAUGAUGAGUCGAAGGUGUGGUUUCAUGCUUAAAGUUUUCAAAAUGGAUAUUAAACUUUAUACUUAAGUUUUCCAAA